AUGCGUAGAGGAGUAUCAGGAGGGCAAAAAAAGAGGGUUACCACCGCCGAAGCACUCCUGGGCGCAAAGCAAGUCCUCCUAUUGGACGAGAUCUCCACCGGUCUCGAUUCCGCCACCACUUACCAGAUCACCAGAUGCCUGCGCAACCUCACGCACUUAACUAAUACCACCACCCUUAUCUCACUGCUGCAACCAGCACCAGAAACCUUUGACCUGUUUGAUGACGUCAUGCUGAUGUCAGAGGGGCGGAUUGUGUACCAUGGGCCCAGGGAGGAGGUGCUGGGAUUCUUCCAGGAAAUGGGGUUUGCACCCCCCGCUCGCAAGGGAGUGGCUGAUUUUUUGCAAGAGGUCACCUCGCUAAAAGACCAGGAACAGUACUGGAUUCCCUCCCAGCCCCACCCAUACCGCUACGUGUCCGUCCGAGCCUUCGAGGAGGCCUUCCGAGCCUCCAGGUUUGGCAAGCAGAUGGAAGCAGAGCUCUCCAUUCCACUCAAGAAGGGUCGGAGCACAGUGAAGGAAGAGAAUGAGGGAAAAGACGUGGAAGACAAGGGGGAGGAUGAGGGGAAGGACGUGGAAAACGUGGGAGAGGAGGGAAAGGGAGACAGAGAGGAUGGGAGUGUGGCUCUUGCUUUGGCACAGAGGCGGUUUGGGCUCCCUCCCCUUGCCAUGCUCACCAUUGUGGGGGAUCGCGAGUGGCUGCUAAUGAAGCGGAAUCUUUUUCUCUACAUCGUGCAGACCAUGCAGAUACUCCCCCUCGCUAUAGUCACAAUGUCAGUCUUCUGGCACUCCCAAUUUUCCAUCACCCCAGUUGACAGCAACUACUACCUGGGCGCCAUUUUCUUCGGUAUAAGCACAAUGCUGUUCAGCGGAAUCAUCGAACUCACACUUCUAACAGCCCGCCUGCCCAUCUACUUCCUCCAAAGGGACAACCUGCUGUUUCCCGCGUGGGCCUGGUGUGUGCCCAUGGCGCUACUCUCUCUGCCCGUCUCUCUCUGGUCUGCUGGGGUCUGGACCGCCAUCACCUACUAUGGCAUCGGCUUCGCCCCAGAGUUUUCUCGGUACGUUUUCCUCCAUGAGUCACUACUUGGUCGCUCACUCACGCUGCUCACUCACGCUGCUCUCUCUGGCUGGGCGUGGUGUGUGCCCAUGGCGCUGCUCUCUCUGCCCGUCUCUCUCUGGUCUGCUGGGGUCUGGACCGCCAUCACCUACUAUGGCAUCGAAUUUGCCCCGGAGGUCUCCCGAGCCAUGGGAGCCGUUUUCCGCAGCACCACGCUCAUCAACACGCUUGGCAACUUCAUUCUCGUCCUUCUCUUCCUGCUCUCAGGGUUCCUCAUCACUAAAGACGACAUCCACGACGUGUGGGUGUGGGUGUAUUGGAUCUCGCCCCUCACGUACUCUCAGAACGCAUUUGCCAUCAACGAGUUUCUCGCCCCCAGAUGGGAUGUGCCCUCCGACCCCCUCUCACUGAACACAACAAUGGGCAUUCAGGUGCUCACAGCGCGCAGCCUCUGGACCCAGGGCUUCUGGGUGUGGGGAGGUCUUGCAGUCGGUGUCCUCUUUACUCUCCUCUGCAUCGUGCUUACCAUCCUGGCCCUUGAAUACCUCAACCCGUGGCCCAGGGCCCAGCCAGUGAUCUCGCAGCAUCAGCUGGACGCCCGGGAAGCAUCGCUAGCCGGCACCAACCUGGACUUCGCAUCGCGCUACUCCUCCCUGCGCGCCCGCACUCUCUCCCGCACCGGCUCCACUGCCACCGCCCGCUUCCUCGCCUCCAACCGCUUCCGCUCCCCCAAGAGCCUGUCCCGCCGACCGUCCCCUUCUGCCCGCUCGCAAGGAAUUUUUUCUUCGGGCAGCCCGGCGCUUCGGUCCCGAGGUUUGGCCUCGUGGAUGUCUGAAGGAGAGGAGGAAGGGGCCUAUGGUAGCCAUAGGAGCCGUAGAAGAAGCCGUAUGGGGUCGUUUCUGGGUUUUGGUGGUGUUUCUGCUGGUGCUGGUGCUGGUGCUGCUGGUGGUGCUGCUGGGAUGGGUGCCAGCACGGGAGUCGGUACAGUUAGCAGCCCAGGUGGAAGGGGAAAAAAUCAGCACCAGAGGAAAGCAGUUUCGUAUAUGAGUGAUGGUGGUGCGAGUGAUGGUGGUGCGGUGAGUGCAGUUAGCAGCACAGGAGGAGAGGAGAAGCAGCGGCAGAGGAAAGCAGUUUCGUUUAUGAGUGAUGGGGAUGCGAGUGAAGGGGCAGCUUUUGAUUCGACUCAACGGCAGAGGAAAGCAGUUUCAUUUAUGAGCGAUGGUGGGGUGGUGAGUGCAGUUAGCAGCCCAGGAGGAGAGGUCAGAAGAGGAGAGGAGAAGCAGCAGCAGAGGAAAGCAGUUUCAUUCAUGAGCGAUGGGGACGCAAGUGAAGGUGCAGCUUCUGAGCCGACUCAGAGACAGAAAAGGCCAGUUUCAUACAUGAGUGAUGGGGAUGCAAGUGAAGGUGCAGGGGGGAUGACUGCGAGUGGAGGGGAGAUAGGCCAGCAUGGCAUGGUCCUCCCCUUUGAUCCUCUCACUCUCUCCUUCCACAAUGUCAACUACUAUGUCGACAUGCCCGCCGAGCUAAAGGACAAGAAUGGGCCGCCCGGCCAGCGGCUGCAGCUGCUGCGCAACGUGUCCGGCGUGUUUCGUCCCGGAGUGCUGACGGCCCUGAUGGGGGUGUCUGGGGCAGGGAAGACCACGUUAAUGGAUGUGCUGGCAGGGAGGAAGACAGGGGGGUACAUUGAAGGGGAUAUCCGCGUGUCUGGGUACCCGAAAGUGCAGGAGACGUUUCUGAGGGUGUCGGGAUAUUGUGAGCAGGAGGACAUUCACACGCCCCAGGUGACCGUGCAUGAGUCUCUGCUCUACUCCGCCUGGCUGCGCCUGCCUGAGGAGAUAGACCGCGAUGUCAUUUUGGAAUUCGUUGAGGAAGUGGAGGAGCUGGUGGAGUUAGAGCCGGUGAAGGGAGCGCUGGUGGGGACGGCGGGGCAGGACGGGCUGUCGGUGGAGCAGAGGAAGCGGCUGACCAUCGCAGUGGAGCUCGUUGCCAACCCGUCAAUCAUCUUCAUGGAUGAACCCACCUCAGGCCUGGAUGCGAGGGCAGCGGCCAUAGUGAUGAGGGCGGUGCGCAACACAGUGAACACGGGCCGCACAGUCGUGUGCACCAUCCACCAGCCGUCCAUCGACAUCUUUGAGUCAUUUGAUGAGCUGCUGCUGAUGCAGCGGGGAGGGGAGGUCAUCUAUGCAGGAUCGCUGGGCACACACUCAUGCGACCUCAUUCCCUACUUCAAGGCCAUCCCAGGAGUGCCGCCCAUCCAGGGGGGCGCCAACCCAGCAGCGUGGAUGCUCGAGGUCACGGCGCCGGCAGCAGCAGAGCGGCUCGGCGUCGACUUUGCUCACCUCUUCCGCCAGUCAGAGAAGUUCAGGACCAUAGAGUCGCUCAUUCAGGAAUCCAGUCUGCCACCCGAAGGGGAACCGGACCUCUUCUUCCCAUCGCAGCACCCAACAACACCCCUUUCCCAGUUCGCGACGCACCUGUGGAAGCGGCACCUCAUGUACUGGCGCAUGCCCGACUACAACGGCGCGCGCUUCUUCUUCUCCUUCUUCAUGGCUCUCCUCAUCGGCGGCGUCUUCUUCGGCUUCGGAAACACCCGCGACACGCCGCAGCAGAUUGUCAACGUCAUGGGUGCGCUUUACACAGCAGCUCUCUUCCUCGGGUGGAGCAAUCUCGCGUCGAUACAGCCGAUGCUGGCAGUGGAAAGGAGUAUUUACUACCGGGAGAGGGGUGCGGGGAUGUACGGAGCGGUCCCGUACGCGCUCGCGCAAGGAGCGAUCGAGUUGCCGUACUUGGUGAUCCAGGCUGUGGUGUACUCGUUAAUAACAUACGCCAUGAUUCGGUUCGAGUGGACGCCCGUCAAAUUCGUUAUGUACCUGCUGUUUCAGUUCCUCACGCUGCUCUACUUCACGUGUUUCGGCAUGAUGACGAGUGCCAUCACGCCCGCUGAAGGGCUGGGAACGCUGCUCUCUGCCUUCAUCUACUCCUUCUGGAACCUUCUCUGCGGCUUCCUCUUGCCGCAGCCGGUGAAAAAUCCCCACAUACUGGAUAUGGCUGUAUUGGAUCAACCCUGUCGCAUGGACCCUCUAUGGCCUUGCUGCUUCCCAGUUGGGAGAUGUAACAACCCAGGUGGUGAGUUCACUGGGAGUGCCAGCUCAGACUACAGUGUGCGUGCUGACAGUGUGCGUGCUGACAGUGUGCGUGCUGACAGUGUGCGUGCUGACAGUGUGCGUGCUGACAGUGUGCGUGCUGACAGUGUGCGUGCUGACAGCGUGCGUGCUGACAGUGUGCGUGCUGACAGUGUGCGUGCUGACAGCGUGCGUGCUGACAGCGUGCGUGCUGACAGUGUGCGUGCUGACAGCGUGCGUGCUGACAGUGUGCGUGCUGACAGCGUGCGUGCUGACAGCGUGCGUGCUGACAGCGUGCGUGCUGACAGCGUGCGUGCUGACAGCGUGCGUGCUGACAGCGUGCGUGCUGACAGCGUGCGUGCUGACAGCGUGCGUGCUGACAGCGUGCGUGCUGACAGCGUGCGUGCUGACAGUGUGCGUGCUGACAGUGUGCGUGCUGACAGUGUGCGUGCUGACAGUGUGCGUGCUGACAGUGUGCGUGCUGACAGUGUGCGUGCUGACAGUGUGCGUGCUGACAGCGUGCGUGCUGACAGCGUGCGUGCUGACAGCGUGCGUGCUGACAGCGUGCGUGCUGACAGCGUGCGUGCUGACAGCGUGCGUGCUGACAGCGUGCGUGCUGACAGCGUGCGUGCUGACAGUGUGCGUGCUGACAGUGUGCGUGCUGACAGUGUGCGUGCUGACAGCGUGCGUGCUGACAGCGUGCGUGCUGACAGCGUGCGUGCUGACAGCGUGCGUGCUGACAGCGUGCGUGCUGACAGCGUGCGUGCUGACAGCGUGCGUGCUGACAGCGUGCGUGCUGACAGCGUGCGUGCUGACAGCGUGCGUGCUGACAGCGUGCGUGCUGACAGCGUGCGUGCUGACAGCGUGCGUGCUGACAGCGUGCGUGCUGACAGCGUGCGUGCUGACAGCGUGCGUGCUGACAGCGUGCGUGCUGACAGCGUGCGUGCUGACAGCGUGCGUGCUGACAGCGUGCGUGCUGACAGCGUGCGUGCUGACAGCGUGCGUGCUGACAGCGUGCGUGCUGACAGCGUGCGUGCUGACAGCGUGCGUGCUGACAGCGUGCGUGCUGACAGCGUGCGUGCUGACAGCGUGCGUGCUGACAGUGUGCGUGCUGACAGCGUGCGUGCUGACAGCGUGCGUGCUGACAGCGUGCGUGCUGACAGUGUGCGUGCUGACAGCGUGCGUGCUGACAGUGUGCGUGCUGACAGCGUGCGUGCUGACAGCGUGCGUGCUGACAGCGUGCGUGCUGACAGCGUGCGUGCUGACAGCGUGCGUGCUGACAGCGUGCGUGCUGACAGCGUGCGUGCUGACAGCGUGCGUGCUGACAGCGUGCGUGCUGACAGCGUGCGUGCUGACAGUGUGCGUGCUGACAGCGUGCGUGCUGACAGCGUGCGUGCUGACAGUGUGCGUGCUGACAGCGUGCGUGCUGACAGCGUGCGUGCUGACAGCGUGCGUGCUGACAGCGUGCGUGCUGACAGUGUGCGUGCUGACAGUGUGCGUGCUGACAGUGUGCGUGCUGACAGUGUGCGUGCUGACAGUGUGCGUGCUGACAGUGUGCGUGCUGACAGUGUGCGUGCUGACAGCGUGCGUGCUGACAGCGUGCGUGCUGACAGCGUGCGUGCUGACAGCGUGCGUGCUGACAGUGUGCGUGCUGACAGCGUGCGUGCUGACAGCGUGCGUGCUGACAGCGUGCGUGCUGACAGCGUGCGUGCUGACAGUGUGCGUGCUGACAGUGUGCGUGCUGACAGUGUGCGUGCUGACAGUGUGCGUGCUGACAGCGUGCGUGCUGACAGCGUGCGUGCUGACAGCGUGCGUGCUGACAGCGUGCGUGCUGACAGCGUGCGUGCUGACAGCGUGCGUGCUGACAGCGUGCGUGCUGACAGCGUGCGUGCUGACAGCGUGCGUGCUGACAGCGUGCGUGCUGACAGCGUGCGUGCUGACAGCGUGCGUGCUGACAGCGUGCGUGCUGACAGCGUGCGUGCUGACAGCGUGCGUGCUGACAGCGUGCGUGCUGACAGUGUGCGUGCUGACAGCGUGCGUGCUGACAGCGUGCGUGCUGACAGCGUGCGUGCUGACAGCGUGCGUGCUGACAGUGUGCGUGCUGACAGCGUGCGUGCUGACAGCGUGCGUGCUGACAGUGUGCGUGCUGACAGCGUGCGUGCUGACAGCGUGCGUGCUGACAGCGUGCGUGCUGACAGCGUGCGUGCUGACAGUGUGCGUGCUGACAGUGUGCGUGCUGACAGUGUGCGUGCUGACAGUGUGCGUGCUGACAGUGUGCGUGCUGACAGUGUGCGUGCUGACAGUGUGCGUGCUGACAGUGUGCGUGCUGACAGUGUGCGUGCUGACAGCGUGCGUGCUGACAGCGUGCGUGCUGACAGUGUGCGUGCUGACAGCGUGCGUGCUGACAGCGUGCGUGCUGACAGCGUGCGUGCUGACAGCGUGCGUGCUGACAGUGCGCGUGCUGACAGUGUGGACCGUUCUCAUCCCUCCCCUCACCUCGGCUCAUCCCCCCUCUUCUCACCUCGAGUCAUCAUCCAGCAGGAAAGAUCCAGUAGCAGCAGGGGACCGCGCCUCCUCGCUCAUUCUCGCGCGCAUCAUCUGAAUGACUUGCGUGCUGACGGUGUGCGUGCUGUACUUGACAUCCCAGUACAUAGUCGCGAUGCGGUACAGCUGCUGCGUUGA